UGCAGACAGUCGACCACUGCAAAGUGUAGAGCGCGGGACAGACUGACUUCAGCUCACACCACUCUUCAUCUGUGCUAGAGAAGACCCCAAACCUCUAGCCUGCUUUGAGGCGCUCACACUCAUCCCAACCAAUAAUGUGAAAAUCAGACGGAAACGUUUGUCAGAUGUUUAAACUCAUCGUCGCUUCAUUGUACUCCAGUGCCGUCUACAUUCAACACUGUCACACAGUUUGCAGUCAGGCUACAGUAGGCUAUCCACAAGGAUACCUGGUGUGAGAUGCAGCAAUGUCCCGAGGAAUAUGCCCACGCGUGAACUCUUGCGGAUCCUUUUGGAUUUUGUCAGCGGUCAUAUUUGCGGUGAAUGUGAUCGACGUGGACGCGUACAGCUGUCAUGAAGUCAGGACCGCUUUCCAGCUGCGGCAGGUCGGACCGCUUCACCGCGUACCGGAGACACCUGGCACAGAUGUGGAUCUGCUGAUUUGUAAGCACCAGGGUCCAUCCUGCUGCACCCGGAAAAUGGAGGAGAGCUACCAGUUUGCUGUAAAACGAGAAACUCUUCACAACAUUCACUCCUACAGCUAUGAGCUUGAGCACCUCAUCUCCGGCCACUCGGAUGCCUUCCAGGACAUGUUCCAGUACCUACUAUCCUUCUCUCAGGGCCACCUGAGUUCACUCCUGGAGGGAACCUACUCAUCCCUGUCCCGCCAUGCCCUGCCCCACGUAAAUCAACUCUUCUCCUCGCUCUCCCUCUACCUCCGUGGGGCCAAUGUUUCUGUGGAGGCAGCAGUUCACCAGUUUUUCAACAACCUCUUCCCGCUCGCCUACACACGGCUCAUCAAUCCAGGUAUUGAAGGCAGCAUGAUGGUGGGCAGUGAAAUGGGUGACUGUCUCCGUAUGAUCAGGCAGGAUGUCAACCCUUUUGGGCCUCAUCCAGCUGUCAUGGCCCAGGAGCUGGCUGGGGCAUUGGGAGCCGGGCGGCAACUUGGUCUGGCCCUGGAGGAGGGUGUGGAGGUGAUGAAUGCCACCGAACAUGUCAGCCUGAGCAAAGAGUGUGUGAAGGGCCUCGUGAAGAUGGUGUACUGCUCCCACUGCAGAGGCUUGACGCUGAUCAAGCCCUGCGUGGGCUACUGUCUGAAUGUAAUGCGAGGUUGCUUGGCCAGUGUGUCAGAGCUGGAUCAGCCCUGGAGGAGGUAUACCAGUUUAUUGGAGCAACUAACCCACGCCAUGGCCGGCCACCACAGCCUGGAACUGGCCCUGCUCGGGGUCAGAGGGCACGUUAACGAGGCCUUGCUCUACGCGCAGCUCCACGGUCCACUCAUCACCGCCACAGUGGACAAGGUGUGUGGCCUGACGACUGGGGAACCUACAAGCAUGCAGCCUACCAGCCCAGAGGUCACAACUUCCACCGUGACCUCAUCGUCUCCUCUUCCAUCUGCCGCUCCCUCCCAACCUUUACCAGAGCAGUGGCUGGGGCAGCUCGCCCACUUGAGGAGCUCGCUCCCCCUGAAACCCUCCAAGAACAAUAAACAUAGUCUGAGAACGCUGUCUAGGGAGUUUUUGAUGUACCUGCAGCGCUACAAGUCUUUCUUUGCAGCGUUGCCAGAGAUGCUGUGCGAAGGGGAGAAUGUAGUGGACGACUCCACAUGCUGGAGCGGCGAUGAUGUGGUGGAGAGCUAUUCUGGCAGAGUUGUAGGAAAUGGUCUGCACGCCCAGAGGCAAAACCCAGAGGUCAAAGUUCGCAGUGUGGAUCCUACGCUCGCUGAGGUCAAGGAGAGGUUGGAUCGUUUCAACCAGGAGACCCAGGAGAGGUUUCCAAAACUGGGCCAGGUCGAUGCCUGGGACGAGCUGGGUAGCGGGGAAACAGACGAGGGCAGCACCACAGACUGCGAUGAUGAAGAUGGAUGUCAAGCCUCAGGAGACGGUCCAGAAAAGACCUCACAAACAGAAGUCUCCAGUGAAGGGAAGCCCAUCGGGAGACAGCCUGGAGGUGACAGCCCACAUGAGAACUCUUCCAGGCCCCCCUCGGUGAAGGUGAUAGGGGGCUCGCCGUCUGCCAGCUGGGCACGACCCUGGAGCCUUGCACUGCUCUUUGCUGUACUUUGCUUGCAGUGGACCCUAUUCUGAUGCCAGCACCAUCUGUGAAUCCCCACUCCCCUUUACAUGUACAUGCAGACAGACACUCAUAUCAUAUAAACCACACGUAGUAUCCUUACUCCUGUCCUCGACCUGCGUGGAUGGAUCGUAAUGAUGGAAAAAGGAAAACAAGAUGGAGACGGAAGAGAGAAGGACAACAUUGUAGGAGACUGUAUGGGGGGGGGGGGCUGCUCUUGCAGGAAGUUGUUGUCCUGCAGCAUCACCAAUGUGGAUGAUCGCACAAGCUGAUCUCAUGCGCUCUCGUCUACAAAGAUUAUGCCUGCUGCUUCCACUAGGCUGUUCUGGGACUAGGAUGUGUUUGUGUGUGUGUAUAAAGACACCAAUAUAGCCCUGCAGCUCCUUGCUCCACUCACACAAACACACACGCUUUGUAGUUCAGAACAGGACUUCAUCAUUCUGAUUUUACUUAAAACCACUUACACAUUUACAAACUCACUUACACGUGUUUUACAUAUACCAAUGCAGCCGUCUUCUUUUUUUUUUUUUCUGCUGCUGGAUUUCACUUAUCCUUUCAGACUAAAAAACCUCGUCACAGCCAUUAGCCAGCCAGACACAAGAAUUCAGCUCAUUUGAAAACUCCACUCAUUUUCUUUUGGAGGAUUAAGGAAUGCAUGAUAGAUUGAUAGAUCAACCCCAGGUGCCUGGCCCAGAACAGCAGAUUUGAUAUACUCUAAUGACUGUGUACCUUGGCAGGGAUUAGAAUGUAAUGAGUUCACAGGUAGAGCACGGGCGCACUUGCACGGCUGAACAGAGACAAACUAGGUGUGUAUAGUAUGUAACUGUAUAUAGGUGGAAAGAUUUGAUGGAGUGUAUGAGGUUCUGAUUCUACAAAAAGCUCUUAAUUGAUUUAGCUGAAUGGGUUUUUCUUUUCAACUAGCUAUGAAUGGACUAUGUUUGUCGACUCCAUACUACAUAGAAAACGAUGCAAAAAAAAAAAAAAAAAAAUAGAGAGAGAUUUCAUUUCUAUAACAAAUAAAGCAGGAAUGUGCAUCAUUUUCCAACUCAAGCCCAUGACAUAAAUGGACAAAUUUUGGACAAGUCUGUACAUUGUUGAUUUUCCUAAUGUUUAUCGUGCAUCCGGUUUUGUGUGUUUGCUCGUUGAAUUGCACAUUAAUGCAUGUAUCGCCUACCAGGUUCUCAAAAUCGUUAUGAUGGGAUCAGGCCCUUCUUCAGACAGCAUAAGAAACAUAUAUUCUAAAACCUUUUACCUAUAACGUUUCACUGAUGGCAUGACAUCAGGUCUGACCUUUCUCAACAGAUUCAUCACAUGCAAAAAAAAAACCAAACAAAAACAAAAACAUGCAGAAUAUUUUUUACAAAUGGGUGCAUCUAUUGUUUGAUCCAGUACACUGGCAGCCAUUGUAUAAGUCAUGGAUUUUACCAUGUAUUUCGUCCUGUACUGAAAUUGUUUUUUUUUUUCUUAAACAUCGUUCAGGAAACCCAAAUAAGCUCAAAUUCCUGCACACCAUUCCUUGGAAUUCCAACAGCAAAUCGUUAAUUGUUUUAAAUGAUUCCUGAUGGGGAUGGAACAAAAGGGAGGUUCAACCAAAAAGAUUGCGACUUCUACAAUGGCUUCCUCUGUAUACCAGUUUUCUUUCUUGUGUAGAUGAGGAUUUUGUACGCACAGAUACUGGUAUACCAGAGUACCUGUGUGAAUGAGGAUGAUGAAUGUAUGGUCAUUGCUAUGCAAAUGCUAUAUUAAAGCUGACUAUGCCCUAUAUAAAGGCUACACAGAUACGGUAUCUAAGCUAAAAAGGUCUACACACUUACAGAUUGACAUGGGUCUAUGAGCAGUGAUAUACCUCUUCCAUUAACUAGCCUUUAUUGUAAACAACUUUUCCUGUCGUUACUGAAAGGUAAUUCACCUUUAACUCUGCCUGGCAGUGCAAAUAGGAUGACCUGCUUAACUACACGCAAAUACAAUUAUACAUUAAAUGCCUGCCGUCAAUGAAGAACAACGAUAACUAUAGCUAUGUAAGGUUUCGGCGGUUUAAAUGUGUCACAUUUUGUGUUCUAUAACCCUUUGUUUAGUUCAUAUGAUUUCCUCCAUGUAUGUUUUGUUCCAGACUGGCGUUCAUUGCACCCACAGAUCACUUACAGCCCUAUACCCUCGCAUGUGUAUAAAUGUACAUAUUUUAAGUCAUUUACCAUUUGUUUUGUGUCUCAUUUCCUCUCUUUUGUAUCAGUAUGAUACGGUGUAGCUGAGCUCUAUUAAAGGUGCUCUGCUUUUUUGCUCGUC